CAUCGGGGAACUACUUAUGCAGCCAAUCGCUACUUGCUCGUUUGGCGCGUCAUCGAAGCAAACAUGGCGGCGCACAUGACCAAAGCAGUGAAACGACUUCUACCACUGGAGAACGGUUGGCUCCGGCCCACAGCCUGGCAGUGGUAUACCAAAGCACGGUGUCAUCGCCAUCACUCUGCAGGCCCCUCGCUGCGCUACAUACCCCGCAGGGCAGUUCUCUACUGCCCCGGCAACGAUGAGCGGAAAUUGAGGAAGCUAGCCUCGUUGGAUGUUGACUGUGCUGUUUUGGACUGCGAGGAUGGUGUAGCCCUCAGCAAAAAGGCAGAGGCCAGAGAGACCAUUCCCAAGAUGUUAGUGGAGCUGGAUCUGGGCCGAACAGAGAAGUGUGUGAGGGUGAACUCGGUGUCCAGUGGCUUAGCUGAAGCUGACCUGGAGGUCAUCCUGCAGGCUGAAGUUCUCCCUCCUGCCAUCAUGUUACCCAAAGUGGAGGACACUCAGGAGGUGCAAUGGUUUGUUGACAGGUUUCAGCACAACUUGAAAGGACGGGCGCUGACAGAACCCAUUCGCCUGGUCACCUUUGUGGAAACCGCUGUGGGCCUGCUCAAUUUUAAGGCGGUGUGUGAGGAAAUCCGUCGACUUGCUCCCGAGGCUGGUCUUCACCAUGACGGCGUGGUGUUCGGCUCUGAUGACUUCUGUGCCAGCAUAGGUGCCACGCGGACUGCAGAUGCCAGGGAGCUCCUUUACGCCAGGCAGAAGGUGGUUGUGACAACCAAAGCAUUUGGGCUACAGGCUAUCGACCUGGUCUACAUCGACUAUAAAGAUGUGGAGGGGCUGAGGCGGCAGGCCAGAGAGGGAGCUCUCAUGGGCUUUACAGGUAAGCAGGUUAUCCACCCAGGGCAGAUCCAGGCUGUACAAGAGGAGUUCUCCCCAAGUCAGGAGAGGAUCCAGUGGGCCAAAGAGCUCAUCGCUGCUUUUGACCAACAUCAAAAGGAGGGCAAGGGUGCUUUCACCUUCCGCGGCAGCAUGAUUGACAUGCCCUUGCUGAAGCAGGCACAGAACAUCAUAACGCUCUCCGCUGCAGUGCCAGGGAAGUAACACGAUUCGGGAGACGAAACGGGAGGAGCCACACGGCUAAACCCUGACGGGAGAGAGGUCAAAGGAAAUUGGAAAUGUUGCGGGUCUCGUGACAAAAAGUAGCAUGUCAAAAACUGAUAAACUUUGUUGCCUGACAUGAGAGAUCAGUGGAAAUUUUGGGUUUUAAUUUAAGGUUUUAAUAAUUGUUUAAAUAUUUUCAUGAAAUUCAUGUGUUUGUUAUACUAGUUUGCAGUGAAGUUUUACUUUUGCUGCUGAGAUUCAAUUUAUAUUAUGACUGCACCUUGGGAUAUAUUCAACACUACAAAUUUUGCACACAGCGAAGAACAACAGCAAACCUUUGGAAGCUGAGCGUCAACGAUUGUUGCCCUGUGUGGAAACUUUCUUGGCACUCCUCUGCAGCGUGUGUGCCAUCAUGUCACUCUUCAGUGUGUGUGUGCCCCAUGCCUCCCAUCUCUCCUAGGUCAUGAUGAAUGCUCUUGCAUCUCCGCGGUCCAGGCAGCUGGGCGAAAGGGUAAACAAACACAACAACCCACUGUUGUGGAUCUAUUCAUUGGGCCCCAGUCUUCCAGUCAGGCCUCAGCCCCCCUGCCCAGGGCCUGACUCACAAACAUCAAAGUCCUGCUCACUGAAAAAAAAAAAAAAAAACCCACAGAUGGAAGUGCAUAAACUCACAAUUUAGCUUUUUUUGUGUGUGUGUGUGUGUCAGCCUCCUUAGUUAACACACACCGCUCGCUCUGUGGCAGCUGUGAGCCUGUGGUCUUGAUGGAGAAGGCGUGUGGCGUCAGGCACACCAUGACCUGUGCACAAAAUAAACACUGCGUACAUACACAUGUAGCAGUAUUCUUUAUGUGAUCUCUCAUUUAACCCAGAGAGUUCAACUUGGAUUUUCAGCUGUUUUAUAUCGGCGCCUUCAAAAACAGCCUCAUUUUUAUUACGAAUGAUAAAUGGUCUCAUUUGUAAAAAAAAAAAAAAAAAAAAUGACCUCUUAAACGAGUUCAGUAAAGUAGUUUGUUGUGCUGUCACAAAUGAAAGCACAAUGGGGCUCUGUGGAGCGCUUGUGCACAUCUGACUUCCAGAGACAGUAAAGUGGGUGUGAUGUUCAAGUGAGACAGAGACCAGAGGCCAUGUUGCUCCAGCAGACCAGGACUGAGGCUUUGUCUCUCUGAGUGUGGAUGGGAGGAUAAUUGGGGGGGUGUUGAAUGGUUAAUAGUGCCAUUGGUGACCAUGGUAAUGAAAGGCACCAUACCUCCCCUACCCACCUCAUCUCUCUCUCUCUCUCUCUCUCUCUCUCUCUCUCUCUCUCUCUCUCUCUCUCUCUCUCAUACUGUAUGAUCUAUUGUGUCUGGGGCAGGACUGUGGUCUGUGCCAGGCCAGGCCAGACAAAAAAAGAUCGAAACCACUCCUGCACCCAGCCAAAAGACCCGAACAGUAAGCUGUCUCUUUGGCAUUUGGCCACAUAUUUCUCUCACCCCUGGUUCACUUUUUUUCUGUCAUGAAUUCACAUUUGGCUUGUUUGUUUGUUUUCACUCAAUCUACUAUUAUACCCUGAGGUUGGUGGACAAAAUUGCUAUUAUGUGUGACUUUCAUUAAAUGGAUCCACAAACGUUUGGGGAGAGCCAUUUUGUGCAAUGUUCUGCAGAGCCAUAUCACCAUCAGCCAUCUAGAACUUUGAUGACUUAAAUGGUAAAAUAUUUACAGAUGUUUCUUCUUCUUGUCACUUACAGAAUUCGAAGAUUGUUAGUAGUCUGUAUUAAUUGCUAAAAUCAUAAUAUAUAUCCUGUUUUGUUUGUUUUUGCCAUUAAAGGAAGCUAUGAGGAUUUUGAUUUGAAAACUUUGCUGUGACUUUAUGAAAUUGUAUUCAUUUAUCAUUUGUUACAGCUGAAUUUUGUUGCAGUCCAGUCUGAAAUGAAUGAAGAACAAGUUUCAGGAUUAAAAAAAAGUCAACUUCA